ACGCUCUCCACAGCCCUCUCAUCUCCUGGAACCAUGGCCAGCACAUCCACCACCAUCAGGAGCCACAGCAGCAGCCACAGGGGCUUCAGUGCCGGCUCAGCCAGGCUCCCUGGGGUCAGCCGCUCUGGCUUCAGCAGCGUCUCCGUGUCCCGCUCCAGGGGCAGUGGUGGCCUGGGUGGCGCAUGUGGAGGAGCUGGCUUUGGCAGCCGCAGCCUGUAUGGCCUGGGGGGCUCCAAGAGGAUCUCCAUUGGAGGGGGCAGCUGUGCCAUCAGUGGCGGCUAUGGCAGCAGAGCCGGAGGCAGCUAUGGCUUUGGUGGCGCCGGGAGUGGAUUUGGUUUCGGUGGUGGAGCCGGCAUUGGCUUUGGUCUGGGUGGUGGAGCCGGCCUUGCUGGUGGCUUUGGGGGCCCUGGCUUCCCUGUGUGCCCCCCUGGAGGCAUCCAAGAGGUCACCGUCAACCAGAGUCUCCUGACUCCCCUCAACCUGCAAAUCGACCCCGCCAUCCAGCGGGUGCGGGCCGAGGAGCGCGAGCAGAUCAAGACCCUCAACAACAAGUUUGCCUCCUUCAUCGACAAGGUGCGGUUCCUGGAGCAGCAGAACAAGGUUCUGGACACCAAGUGGACCCUGCUGCAGGAGCAGGGCACCAAGACCGUGAGGCAGAACCUGGAGCCGUUGUUCGAGCAGUACAUCAACAACCUCAGGAGGCAGCUGGACAGCAUCGUCGGGGAACGGGGCCGCCUGGACUCAGAGCUGAGAAACAUGCAGGACCUGGUGGAGGACCUCAAGAACAAAUAUGAGGAUGAAAUCAACAAGCGCACAACAGCAGAGAAUGAAUUUGUGACUCUGAAGAAGGACGUGGAUGCUGCCUACAUGAACAAGGUUGAACUGCAAGCCAAGGCAGACACUCUCACAGAUGAGAUCAACUUCCUGAGAGCCUUGUAUGAAGCAGAGCUGUCCCAGAUGCAGACCCACAUCUCAGACACAUCCGUGGUGCUGUCCAUGGACAACAAUCGCAACCUGGACCUGGACAGCAUCAUCGCCGAGGUCAAGGCCCAAUACGAGGAGAUUGCUCAGAGGAGCCGGGCUGAGGCCGAGUCCUGGUACCAGAGCAAGUACGAGGAGCUGCAGGUCACAGCAGGCAGACAUGGGGACGACCUGCGCAACACCAAGCAGGAGAUUGCUGAGAUCAACCGCAUGAUCCAGAGGCUGAGAUCUGAGAUCGACCACGUCAAGAAGCAGUGUGCCAACCUGCAGGCCGCCAUUGCUGACGCUGAGCAGCGUGGGGAGAUGGCACUCAAGGAUGCCAAGAAUAAGCUGGAAGGGCUGGAGGACGCCCUACAGAAGGCCAAGCAGGACCUGGCCCGACUGCUGAAGGAGUACCAGGAGCUGAUGAAUGUCAAGCUGGCCUUGGACGUGGAGAUCGCCACGUACCGCAAGCUGCUGGAGGGCGAGGAGUGCAGGCUGAAUGGCGAAGGCGUUGGACAAGUCAACAUCUCUGUGGUGCAGUCCACCGUCUCCAGUGGCUAUGGCGGUGCCAGCGGUGUCGGCAGUGGCUUAGGCCUGGGUGGAGGAAGCAGCUACUCCUAUGGCAGUGGUCUUGGCGUUGGAGGUGGCUUCAGUUCCAGCAGCGGCAGAGCCAUUGGGGGUGGCCUCAGCUCUGUUGGAGGCGGCAGUUCCACCAUCA